UGAAACAAUUGACGGGGAAGCACCAUCGUAGGCAGUAGACCCGUAAUUGCGGCGUAAAGUGCGUCAUUUCAUAUAAAAUUUCAAACGCAAACGUUGCAGUGGCACUGGUAUAUGUCUAUCACUCUUCACAAUUUAUUAAGUUAUGUAAAAGUACAGUUGUUUUAUGUUUGAGAUAUCUUUGAGCAAAUCGUUCCUUUGUUAAAAUACGUAAGGAUAAGCUGCAUAAUGAGUAUCCCAAUACUCACUGCGUUGAUAUGUGUUUGUACACCGAUUGCGAUUACAGCUUCGAAUAUAGUCUUAAUCAUAGCUGAUGAUUUGGAUUUGACGAUCGGUGGAAUGACGCCACUGCGAAACACGAAGAAACUUAUUGGAGAUCAGGGAGCUGUCUUUGCUAACUGCUUUGUUAACUCACCGAUCUGCUGUCCCAAUCGAGCGUCGAUUCUAACUGGUCGAUACCAGCACAAUCACUUGACCGUCAACAAUUCGAUUGCGGGUGGAUGCAGCAGCCCGGAAUGGCAGAAAUACCAAGAGCCGAAUACGUUCGCACAACAGAUAAAACGUGACUCAUCCUCCUACACCACUUUUUAUGCUGGAAAAUAUUUGAACCAGUAUGGAAGCAGGGCAGCAGGCGGGCCAUCGCAUGUUCCACUGGGGUGGGAUUGGUGGGCUGGACUGGUCGGUAAUUCGAAAUACUACGACUACACAUUGUCCAUAAAUGGUACCGAAAAAAAGUACGGUGAUAAACCCGGAGAUUACCUUACUGACGUGAUCGGAAAUCUUGCGAUGGAAUUUUUGAAAACGCGUAACACUAAUAAUGACCAUCAGUUUCUCAUGGUUCUGGCACCACCGGCUCCUCACGCACCCUUCACACCAGCGCCGAGACACGAUGGCGCCUUUAAAGGGACGAAAGCCAUGCGAACACCGAACUUUAACACUCCUCGACAGAGGGAUAAGCAUUUUUUGGCACGCUAUGGUAGAGCGCCACUGCCGGAAUCUAUCUUGCCGAAAUUGGACGAAAUCUACAGACGUCGUUGGGAGGCAUUAUUAGCCGUCGAUGACCUGGUACAAAACGUUUACAACACACUCCUCGAACGUCACUUGAUAAACGACACUUACAUCAUUUUCACAUCGGAUAACGGUUAUCACGUCGGACAAUUCAGCCUGCCAUUCGACAAACGUCAGCCGUACGAAACAGAUAUUCGAGUUCCCUUACUGAUUCGCGGUCCAGGGAUUUCGAAGGGGACCGUACAGUAUCCGGCGAGUAGCGUGGAUCUGUUUGCAACUAUUUUAGAUAUGGCUGGCACUGAUGCAUCAUCCGACGGCACUUCGCUGCUAAGUCAUUACCUCCGUACUGACAGAACACUGCUCAUCGAAUACAGAGGCGAGAAAUCUGAGAAACCGCAGACCUCCGGAUGUCCAACGGACAGUGAUCCAAACAUGGCUAUAUGCAGCGCGGAUUUUGCGUGCAAAUGUCAGGAUUGCAAAAACAACACGUACAGCUGUAUUAGAAGAGUGGCGAACGGGGAUGACAAUCUCUUCUGUAUCUUUGAAGAUAACGAUAAUUAUGUCGAGGCGUAUGAUUUGAAAACGGACGCUUUCCAAAUAACUAAUAUUGGGUACACCAUGCCUUCUAGACGAAGGCAUUUGUUCAGAAAUCGCCUCAAGAAAGCUGUAGUCUGUAAGGGUGAUGAUUGCGUGAUAACUGGUACGCAAUUAAUCGAUUAAUAAUUACACGACAUUUCAUUAUUCGUGAAUUAAUCCAAUAUGGUUAUUAAUUAUUUUUUUUCCACUAUGUUCGCUUAAUUUUAUAAUCUACGAGCUGUGACAUUGUAUUUUUGCUAUUAUUACGAAUAAAG